CAUGAAGGAGAUGCAUGCUGAGAUGAAGAACCAAAGUGCAGGUACGGAAAUACUCUUUGAAGAACAGAAUUUUGAUGCUCCAAUCUUCUCACCUCAACAUGCUCCACAACAAGAAAGUACAUCGGUUGAUUGUGGUGUUAUUGUGUGCAUUCUCAUGGAAGUAUUGGCGCACCUUGAGCCAAUCCCAAAAACAUUGACAAAGACUGAAAUUGACAAGUAUAGAGCCGGUUUAGUAUCUCGAUUUUUGAACGAUGAAGGUAGAAGCUGGACGAUAAAGAAAUGGGAAGCAAGAAGGAUGGGGAAGGCGUCGCAAUGAGCGUCCGUGCAUUUUUUGGUGUUUCCGAUACAUUAUUUUUGGGUUUGGGAUUUUAUUUGGUUA